GUUCUUCAGUUGGGAUCCAGGGACUUGCUGAAUUUCAUUGCAUAUUCCGUUUCCCUGGGGGAAAAAAAGCAAUUUGAAUGUCCAGGGAAACUUGGCAAGCAUUCUUGUCUGGAGAACUGUGUGUGAUUGUUCUUUCUUUACCGAUAUAAAAACUCUGCCCUCAGUUCUCCCUGUGUGCAGAGUCUUCUGCUGAACACCAAUGGAAGUUUCAGAAUAGAUCCAAUCUCUGUUACUAUGUGUUCCCACUUUACUGUGGGAGAUAGGACAGAGAAACAGAGAAUAGUAAUGUUUUGCAUUUAUAUACUCGCUAAAGCACUUCUAAACUCAUCAUCUCAGUCAAUUCUUACAUUAAAAUUCUGUAAGUGGGGAGGAUAUAGUAAUGAUAGCCAAAAUUUACUGAGUUCUUACUGUGGGCCAAAAGGUGAUGUUAUUCUCAUUUCUUUGGAAUAACAGAACAGAGGAUUUGAGACAGGUAUAGUGACAAUGCCAGUAUCAGUAUGUUAACACAACCAGUGGCAGUGUUGCCUAACUAGCUAACAGUGCGUCAGCUAAACUCCAGAUUGCAUAAUUCUCAAGCUGCAAGCUGCAAAGGUAAGAAGCCCAGUUCAUUGUAUGUUUCAAACAAGUUAUUAUAAAACAUUAAAAUAUAUUAAUAUUUAGGAGGACAGUUUAUAUAUAUCCCUAGGGUUAAAAGAAUAAUACAUUACUUUAUUAUUUUGCCUAUUUUUUUAGUUAAUGAUAUCUCUUCUGGUCCCAAAGAAUUUAGGGCUACUUGCAAAGAUGUAUAUACUUCUCAUGAAAUAAGGCAAUAUAAAUCUUACAAGAUUUGACUGUACUGAGGACAGAUACCUCUAUGUCUCCUCUCAUGUUAGUUGGUCUGUUGUAAUAGAUAGGGAAUUGAAAUAAAACAUAACAUUCCUUAUAUUCUGACUGAUAUAUUACAUGAAAAGCAUAAUUCUUUUAAUGUCCAAUAGGAUUAUCAUAAAAAUGUUAUAGAAUCUCUUUAGUAGGAAGAGUAGGCAUUUAAUUUUACAGGAUUUAAGAACUCUGCCUAAAGUCAAGGUGAUCAAUUAGCUUACCCUUAGGAAUCUCUGCCCUCCAUGUUGGGCUCUGUGCCUGGCUCCAGCAGCCUCUGAAGUAGAAGCUAUCAUAUUGCCAGGAUUCCUCCCAGCAUGGCAAACAGAACAGCUGGGGACAAGAGGGGCCAGUCCCCAUAGUGGAGCUAAGCAGAGACUGACAUCUGAAUCUCACUGCUUGGAUAUCAGACAAUCUGUGGCUCCAACUAUCCACUGAGCAUCGCGUUCAUUGUGGUGAAUGAAUUCUGCGAGCGCUUUUCCUAUUAUGGAAUGAAAGGAUUUCACCUAAUAUGUAGGCCAAGAUCAGAAAGGCCUGAGAGAAACCAGAACACAGACUUUGAGAAUGGCUGUGCUGAUCCUGUAUUUCCUGUAUUUCCUGCACUGGAAUGAAGAUACCUCCACAUCUAUAUACCAUGCCUUCAGCAGCCUCUGUUAUUUUACUCCCAUCCUGGGAGCAGCCAUUGCUGACUCAUGGUUGGGAAAAUUCAAGACAAUCAUCUAUCUCUCCUUGGUGUAUGUGCUUGGACAUGUGAUCAAGUCCCUGGGUGCCUUACCUAUACUGGGAGGACAAGUGGUACACACAGUCCUAUCAUUGAUCGGCCUGAGUCUAAUAGCUUUGGGGACAGGAGGCAUCAAACCCUGUGUGGCAGCUUUUGGUGGAGACCAGUUUGAAGAAAAACAUGCAGAGGAACGGACUAGAUACUUCUCAGUCUUCUACCUGUCCAUCAAUGCAGGGAGCUUGAUUUCUACAUUUAUCACACCCAUGCUGAGAGGAGAUGUGCAGUGUUUUGGAGAAGACUGCUAUGCAUUGGCUUUUGGAGUUCCAGGACUGCUCAUGGUAAUUGCACUUGUUGUGUUUGCAAUGGGAAGCAAAAUAUACAAUAAACCACCCCCUGAAGGAAACAUAGUGGCUCAAGUUUUCAAAUGUAUCUGGUUUGCUAUUUCCAAUCGUUUCAAGAACCGUUCUGGAGACAUUCCAAAGCGACAGCACUGGCUAGACUGGGCAGCUGAGAAAUAUCCAAAGCAUCUCAUUAUGGAUGUAAAGGCACUGACCAGGGUACUAUUCCUUUAUAUCCCAUUGCCCAUGUUCUGGGCUCUUUUGGAUCAGCAGGGUUCACGAUGGACUUUGCAAGCCAUCAGGAUGAAUGGGAAUUUGGGUUUUUUUGUGCUUCAGCCGGACCAGAUGCAGGUUCUAAAUCCCCUUCUGGUUCUUAUCUUCAUCCCGUUGUUUGACUUUGUCAUUUAUCGUCUGGUCUCCAAGUGUGGAAUUAACUUCUCAUCACUUAGGAAAAUGGCUGUUGGUAUGAUCCUAGCAUGCCUGGCAUUUGCAGUUGCGGCAGCUGUAGAGAUAAAAAUAAAUGAAAUGGCCCCAGACCAGUUAGGUCCCCAGGAGGUUUUCCUACAAGUCUUGAAUCUGGCAGAUGAUGAAGUGAAGGUGACAGUGGUGGGAAAUGAAAACAAUUCUCUGUUGAUGGAGUCCAUCAAAUCCUUUCAGAAAACACCACACUAUUCCAAACUGCACCUGAAAACAAAAAGCCAGGAUUUUCACUUCCACCUGAAAUAUCACAAUUUAUCUCUCUACACUGAGCAUUCUGUGCAGGAGAAGAACUGGUACAGUCUUGUCAUUCGUGAAGAUGGGAACAGUAUCUCCAGCAUGAUGGUAAAGGAUACAGAAAGCAAAACAACCAAUGGGAUGAUAACCGUGAGGUUUGUUAACACUUUGCAUAAAGAUGUCAACAUCUCCCUGAGUACAGAUACCUCUCUCAAUGUUGGUGAAGACUAUGGUGUGUCUGCUUAUAGAACUGUGCAAAGAGGAGAAUACCCUGCAGUGCAUUGUAGAACAGAAGAUAAAAACUUUUCUCUGAAUUUGGGUCUACUAGACUUUGGUGCAGCGUAUCUGUUUGUUAUUACUAAUAAUACCAAUCAGGGUCUUCAGGCCUGGAAGAUUGAAGACAUUCCAGCCAACAAAAUGUCCAUUGCAUGGCAGCUACCACAAUAUGCCUUGGUUACAGCUGGGGAGGUCAUGUUCUCUGUCACAGGUCUUGAGUUUUCUUAUUCUCAGGCUCCCUCUAGCAUGAAAUCUGUACUCCAGGCAGCUUGGCUAUUGACAAUUGCAGUUGGGAAUAUCAUCGUGCUUGUUGUGGCACAGUUCAGUGGCCUGGUACAGUGGGCCGAAUUCAUUUUGUUUUCCUGCCUCCUGCUGGUGAUCUGCCUGAUCUUCUCCAUCAUGGGCUACUACUACGUUCCUGUAAAGACAGAGGAUAUGCAGGGUCCAGCAGAUAAGCAGAAUCCUCACAUCCAAGGGAACAUGAUCAACCUAGAGACCAAGAAGACAAAACUCUGAUGACUCCCUAGAUUCUGUCCUGACCCCAAUUCCUGGCCCUGUCUUCAAGCAUUUUUUUUCUUCUGCUGGAUUAGACAAGAGAGAUAGCAGCAUAUCAGAGCUGAUCUCCUCCACCUUUCUCCAAUGACAGAAGUUCCAGGACUGGUUUUCCAGUACAUCUUUAAACAAGGCCCCUGAGACUCUAUGUCUGCCCGUCCAUCAGUGAACUCAUUAAAACUUGUGCAAUGUUGCUGGAGCUGGCCUGGUAUCUCCAAAUGGCCAUGAAAAUAUACUUGUAUAAUGGAGAUCAUUCUCUGUGGGUAUGCAAAGUUAUGAGAAUUCCUUUAUAAGUAACUGCCAUUUAGGACUGAUGGCCCUGAUUUUUGAGGUGCUGAUUUAGAGGCAAAAUUGCAGAAUAACAAACAAAUGGUAUUUCAAGUUUUUCUAUAAGCAAUGUAAUUAUGCUACUCACAGGGGCCUCAAGAAUUGGUAUGUAUGAUAUGAUCUGGUCCAGCCUGGUUUGUCAGCUAUCUAGGUUUGAUAAGACUUUAGUAAACUUGUCAAUACAGAUGGUAGGAAGCAGAAUGCCAUUUUAUUAAAACAUAGGAGAAGUUAUAGCUUUCUGAUUAUGAUAGUAUUUUAUUUACUUAUCCAAACACUCCUUUCUCAGUAUGGAUAGAUCAUGGAAACCAGAUCAGAGAUAGUAAACAUUAGUAAACAUGGUUCUGGAGAACAGGAACAUGUGUAAGUUGUAGAAAUCCUGAAGAGCCAGUCAUUCUUUUAUAGAGUACAUUCUUCUUAGCCUCUAUGGCACUGGACUAUGCCCUUCAGUGAACAGUUGUAUAAACAAUAAUUAUAAUUUGCAACCUUGUCUUGUCAAGCUUGCUGACCCAGCUUUUUCUUAUUAUUACACCUUGUCUUGCUUAUUGCAGCAAAUAUUCAAUAACAAUGUUUCUGUAAGUCCAACUUCCUUUAUUAAUGUUUCCAUUUAGCCUCAAAAAUAUCAAAGUAGUAGUUCCUUUUUGAUGUUGUUUUCCUGAUUUACUUUUCUCAUAAGUUUUAAAUACCAUUUCUUCCUUGAAGCCUAGAAAUUUUCUUUUUAUUCAAAAAAAGUUACAUUAAUGCUCUAGGUUUGAGGUUCUAAAAUGGAAAUGUCAAUAGAGGAGCAUGGUCCUAUAUGAGGUUCCUAUCAAAAUUUGUGGGAGUAGGGAUGGUAGAGCAUGAGGGUUUUGUUUGUGUAUGUGUGUGGUCAUGAAAAAAAAUUGAGAAACAUUACCUCACACACAAUGAAUGAAUCGAGGACAGAUAUGGGAAUGUCAUGACUGUGCAGUGUGUUACUAGGAAAAAAGUUCAGAAUCACUAUUCUAGAGAGCUUCAUUUCCAUUGGUUUUAAAACAUUAUUCUCAUGUAGAACAGUGUUGGGUCUCAUACUGUUAAUGUUAAUAGGUAACAAUGUUCAUGUUAGUAGGCACCAGUUAAUAUUAACAGAUAAUGUUACUGUUGACAGGUAAGAGAAAUUGCUGUAAGUGCCCAAGCUUUAUAUACUUCAGUUUUAAUGACAAGCAUUUCAGCAGUACAAGAGUGGCAGCAAGACCAACCAGUUUUUCCAGAUAUCUUGAUGUGAACCUGACCCUACUCCUUUAGAAGACAGCCUGUUCAUUUUUAAAUAGCUUUAACCCAAACUGUUCUAUGACCAUUGUUUCAAGAGACAUUAACACAGUUUUGUAAAUAGAAGUGUCUAUGGACAAAUAAGUUUGGGAAAUGUGGCAUACUGUAUCCUUUACUUAAUAUUUGCAUAUUAAAGACUCUGAGAUAUCCUGCAGUAAAGACACAAGAUAUCUUGUUUAAAUUAACAUGUUAUAGUAUUCUACAGAACAUUGGUUUGGAAAAAACUGUUGAGCGUUUCUUCCUUGUAAGUGCUGAGCUUCCUCUCUGAAACCUCCUACCAUUGUUUUUUUUCCCCUGUAGCUAACAAGAAUAAGUAUAACAGCUGGCCAGGCACAGUGGCUCACGCCUGUAAUCCCAGCACUUUGGGAGGCUGAGACAGGUGGAUCACCUGAGGUCAGGAGUUCGAGACCAGCCUGGCCAACAUGGUGAAACCCCAUCUCUACUAAAAAUACAAAAAUUAGCCAGGUGUGAUGGCAGGUGCCUGUAAUCCCAGCUACUCGGGAGGCUGAGGCAGAAGAAUUGCUUGAACCCGGGAGGCAGAGGUUGCAAUGAGCUGAGAUCGCGCCAUCACACUCUAGCCUGGGGGACAAGAGCGAGACUUCAUUUCAAAAAAAAAAAGAAGAGUAAGUAUACCCCCUUUUACAUGUGGCAGAUGUUUAGCUAUUUGGGGAGAACUUUCAUGGCUCUUCUCUAACCAUCAAGUAUUCAAGGUAAAGAUUCUCGGUUCUUGUAAUGGUUCCUCACCAGGCAUAAUUUGUCCUUUUACCAUCCUACUUUCUCUCUUCUGAAAAACAUUCUUUAUCUGGAAUACAGCAAUUAAUAUGAAGAUAUCUUAAUAUGAAAUACCUGGAGUCAAAUAUAACGUUCCAAAGUAGUCUGACUGGAAGAACUAGCACCUGCCUUUCUUCAAACAAUGCACUUCUGUUAAUGCAGUGUAAGGUAACAUGAGUUGUUUUUGGAAACUACA